GUAAAAACAGGACCAUUUUGAAAAGGAUGUUGAGGGAAGAAGCAGACAGUGAGUCUUUUAAAGGGGGAAUCCUCAAUAGAGAAAUGGGGAACACGUACGAAAACAUAAUUGUAAGUAAAAACGGUCAUGUGGACCCCCCGAGCGAUCAUCCUACUAAGCGUGAAUCAUACCAUUUCGAUACAGCCCAAGAGAAGCAUCCAUCUGGGGGGGGAAAAAAGAAUGCAAAUUUUAUUAUGUGUAAAAAGGACGAAGAGGUUACCGCCCUGUUUAGCAAUCAAAAAAGGCACCAACCCACUAACAUUGAAACGGUGCCGAAGGAAAAUGAUAUAGUAAUUGUAAAAGAUGAGCAGUUAAACAACCGUAUGAAUAUUUUUCCCUGGAAUAACAAUUUGGAAAAUAAAAAUAUCCUAUUUCCGUAUGAACAGAAGGGACACAUAAGCAGCAACCAAAUUAAUCUAACAAAAUAUGAAAGUGAUAAAUAUUUUUAUGGCCAGUACAAAUAUGACGAGACGAUAUUUAUCUAUGACUUGAUAGUCCUUGACACCUCUGGAUUUUUAUACAAAGUUGCCACUGAUGGGACAUACUACUGGAAACAUAAGGUAGUGAAAAAUAUCCAGGACCACAUAAACUUUGAUCAGGACAAAAAGGGGAGGAAUUCAUACAAGUCGAUUAGGAAUGAAUCGAGGUAUGAUCUCCCGUUUAAAGAUAUCCUAGCAAAAAAUAAACUCAACACAAAUGAUAAUUUAAAACGGAGAGCAAUGAAGAAGCUACAUUACAACAAUUUUUUCGAUCUGAGAAAAAUAAGUGUAUCCCAAAAUGACGAAUUUAAAGAGGACGAGAAAGUUAUGCAAGAUGGCACCAAACGCAGUGGGAAGAAAAAAAAUUACCAUGAUGAAAAAUUGAAGAGAAAUAAAAAUAUAACAAAAAGAUUGCUUUCAAAUCAUAGCGGAGAUUUAUUUUACAUUAAUGAGAAUAAUGAAGCCAUGCCACUAAAUAUUAACAUCAAAGAUGUCGUCAACAAUUCGCCCUUCAAAUCGCCGCUUUUUCCUAAUAUCGUGUUUAUGGGUUCCAGACACUCCAGCAUCGUUAACUUGGAUUAUGACACAGGGGAGGUCAUAAAAAAAUACGACGAAAGUUUGGAAGAUAUGCUGGUAAAAAAAGAAAAGAAAACGCUACCCAACAGGAACAGGGAGUUUGUAAAGAGCAGCUCCACCAGAAGGCAAGGCGAAUUACUGCAAAAUGAGCAUAUGGCGGAAGGGGAUGAUGUGCACGGACCCGCCAAUGGGAGAGGCGAACCUGGGGAGGAAGGCCCACGGGGGGAGGCGCAACCGGGGCGUACUCACGCGGAUGAUGAUUAUGAUGGCGAUCAGGACGAUGAUCAUGAUGAUGAGCAUGAUGAUGAGCAUGAUGAUGAGCAUGAUGAUGAGCAUGAUGAUGAGCAUGAUGAUGAGAAUGAUGAUGAGCAUGAUGACGACCACGAUGAUAAUCACGAUGGCGACCCUGGCUACGCCGAACAGAGAGCAAGCGGUGAGGAAGGCCUCCCGAGCGAAUAUCAAAAUAAUACCAUAAAGGACGAAGCAGGAGUACGAACGGAACAUCAUAAUAAUAGCAUCAUCAACGUUAGCCAUGUGGGCAAAAUCACUAAGCCAUUUUUGGGUCAUGAAGAAGGCAGCGCACUGUUGCACUCGGCCGAUACACUAAAUGAAUACUUCGAGGAAAACGAGUUUUACAGAUACACAUCAAAAAGUAAAUAUAGCGUUGUUGACAAGUAUGAUGAGAAAAAAAUCGGCGAAAAGGGGAAAUACACAUUGAAGGUUAUGCGAAGCAAUAUACGGGAAAGGAAAAAGGUUCUAAUCAAAAAGCUCCUCAUGAGUUUGAACAGAACCAGUUCGCUAAGUAGAUACCCGCAUAGUAGUAACCUUCUGGAUAUUACAAGAAUGAGAAAGAGGAGAAGAAAAAAAAAAAAAAAAAAAAAAAGAAGACGAAGAAGAAAGACGGAAAAGAGACAACUACAAAUAAGCAUAGUUAAGUGGAUUAUAAAAGCUGUAGAUGAAAAAUCACUGAAACAAAAAUGGAUAACAACUUGGGUCGACGUUGGAUCUAUUUUCAUAACGGACAGUCACAAGCAAGAUUCGACGUUCAUCAAUUCGCUUAUCGAAAUUGUGGGGAACAAGCUGAUACUACGUCCGCUGGAAAUGGAAAAAAUGAGCAAGGCGUACAGCGUUGCGAAGAACGUACAUAGUGAGAUCGAGGAGGGCGUGGGCUUCCUGCAGAGGAAUGGUGACGAGGGGGUGGAGAGCACUGUGCCGAUUGAUGAGAUGGUCGAUGAGAUUCCCCAUCACAGACCAGAUGAACCAAUCGAUCGCCGAAGCAGAGUGCGGAAGAGAAUGAACCAAGAGGGUUCAAAUGUAAAGUCUAAAAUUUUUAUUUUCUCCGAGGCAGUGUCCUCCGUUUUUGCGCUCAGGUAUAAGCGUGCAUCGAACAUUUUCACCCUAGACGUGAUAAUGAAGCAGAAUAGCAAAAUGUUUCCGGGUUAUGAUAAUGUAAAGGGCUUCAGCUACAAUGCCUUAAAUUUUAAGAAGGAAAACACGCUCUUUCUACCGUUUUCGUCUAGCGAUUUUGCAAAGAACAAUGAUGAGAAAACCCUUUGCAAUUUUGAUGAAAACAUAAAUUAUGGGAAGAAAUUAUUGCACAGAUUGAAUAACAUAUCGGUCAGCAUAACUUCCAUCGAAAAGGACAUACGGUACCUUUUGUCCAACAUAAUUUUUGUGUAUGAUAGGAAUAAAAAGAUACCUAUAAAUUAUAUAUACAAGAUGAAGGGGCUGAUACGCGAGUAUCAGAAGACGAAGGAGCAGUUUUUGUUUUAUUUGCCCGGCGUGGAUAGUAGGAGGCACCUGAGUUACUCGCAUCACAGCGACGGACAUGGGGGAAGCUACAUCGAUGAGCAUAGCGGCGGUCAUAGCGGUUAUGGCGGCCAUUACGGUAGCAUUUUUGGAGGCAGUUUCAGCGGCGGUCUUAGCGGGCGCCUCGGUGGAAGCCUUGGGACUGGUCGCGGAUGGGGGGGGCAACCCAUCCACAUUUGUGAAUACAUAAAUAAAUUUAUUGACAUGUAUUUUGAAGAAAACGAAAUAUGCUUCGACUACUGUUCCAUGCUGAACAUAUGGGACAAGAUAUUUAACAACUACAUCAGUCAGGACGACUGCUUGUUAUUGUCAAACCUGUACAGAGUCAUACAGAACGCAUUCGCUUUUAACCACCGAGAUUUUAACCUCCCAAAUGAUGAUGUAGACCACGUGAUAUCAGAUAAUGCAAAUUUUCUAGUAAAAAGGAGAAAAAAAAACUUUGCCUAUUCACGAAACCAAGAGCUGAAAGAAGUCUCAACGUUGAAGUACAAGAAGGGGUGGUACUGGAACAUGUUCUAUGCCGUUAUGCUAAUAUUUGUAGUUCCCUUUGUGUUCAUCUACAGAAUGUUUAGGAAAAAAAACAAUAACACUAGCAGCAGUAAGGUAAUUAUGAAAAAGAAAAAGUUGAAAGAUUAUGAUGACUAUGCGAGGGAUGAGGAUCUGCUAAAGUUAAGAUAUCGCCUUCUACAUGACGAGCGUGUAAGGCUGAAAAAUUCCGUAGGGAAAAAUAGCUACGACGAUUUAACCCCAAUCGAAUUAAACAUUAACAUGAAAAGGGAGAUAGCGAGUAAGUUGAAAGAGCUGGAACAGCAGCCAACCCUAAUUGACAUUCUAGCGAAACAUGCUAGAGACUCCGAUAGUGAUAGCAAAUUUUAUGAUAUCAAUGAAGGGAAGUAUAACUUAUAUUCGCAGAGCUACUGGGGUGGAUCUUCAAAAUAUAGCUUGCCCAACAUGUCCAACAUGAAUGUGAGCAGAACAAAAUCGAAGGAAACCAUAAAAUCAGAUAUCGUCGGAACGAAUAUGUUUUAUAUGUAUAGAAGAAGAGCUGCCUCGCAAGACGUUACUGAUAAACAGUCCUUCAUAGUAAAAAAAAGGAUUAGAAGCAGCUACAAGUUAGGGAACAAGUAUCACAAAAAGAACUACACCGAUAAUGAGAAAGACAGAAAACAUAACCACUUGAAGGAAAAACACAUAAACGAAAAAGAUUUCGAUAAAAGUGAUUUUAUAAAUUUCCUUACGAACUUUAAUAAAAAAUUUAUGAAAAAGAAUUCUCUAGUAGACCAUCUUCUCAAAAUGAACAGAACAGCAGUUGUGGGCUCCAAAACGGACGAGCAUACCUACAGUAACAGCAGUAAGGAGUAUCUCACACAUUCGGACCAUUCCAACAAGGAUGAAAAUAGCCAAGCUGAACAUAUGAACAGUUCAGGGAAAAAACUCGCAGGGAGGAAACAUCUCAAUGAAGAAAAUAAAAAAACUGAGGAGAAAAAAAAUAAAAGCAAAUACGCCAAGCAUGCCGAUAAUGGCAAUGGCUAUCUUGUCAACACCCAUAAGCAGAGCACCCCGAUGAAGAGCAAACUGGACAACCUUGCAAAUAAUGAAAUCAUAAAUAAUAAAAAUCCCAGUGUACGAAAUUUAUCAAUAAUUCAAAGAUCGCACAUUCCGUAUGAUGCUCCACUGGCGGAUUUUUUAGAAAAUGGAAGAUUUAUGAGAACAUUCGAAAAUAUUUCUCUUAUUGGUCAGGGUGGAUUUGGCUCCGUGUACAAAGUAUCGCAUCGUCUCGAACCAGGGUCUCCAACCUAUGCUGUAAAAUUUAUUUACUUAAAAGUGAGUUCGUUGGAUAAUGUGAGUUCCAGAAGAUACUUUCGCGAAAUUGCAGCUAAUAGAGAUAUCUACAGUAAGCAUGUUGUCCGGUACUACACCUGGUGGUGUGAAGAACCGCAGUUUCUUCCCAUGCAUGUGAUGCCCAAGGAAAUACAAAACUUAGUUAAGAAGAACAAAGAUUCUUUUAAAAAAAUGUACAGUAAAAAUAAAAAAAGCGAUAGUCUUCUUAGCUACGAAAAGUUAUCAUCUUGGGAAAAGAAAAAAAGCGAUUUAAAAAAUUUUAAAAAGGUUAUUAAGAAGAAGAAUGAACGGAGCUUAACAUUUUACAGUGAUAAUGAUGGAAUGAAUUCCAAAAGAAAUGAAAACAGGAAUAGAAAAAGAUUUCUAAGCGACAAAAACUUUUCUGAUAAUGUCUACACCAAUGCCAAUGCUAAGAAGAAGAAAAAGAAGAAAAAGGAGAAGAAAAAAAUUAUAUACAGAGAAAAACAAAAUGAGGAUCGGAAGGGACGAAAUGAGAGGCAUUCCACUGCGCAGGACAAGUUCAACCCUGCCUCCUUUAACUCAAGUUUUCAAGAGUACGAUCCGUUUGGCUGUGGCUAUCUAAGUGAGGAAGAUAGAGACUUGGUAGUUUUUGCAGACAAUGACGAACCGAGCGUACACAAUGAGGAGGUAGCCCCCAAUGGGAAGACGGCUCAGCCUAGCACGCGCACCAAUGACGCGCUGAACAAUAAUGAUGCACCGUCCGGCAAGCGUCAAGUGGGUGUACUUCCAAGCGCUCAGGGCGACGAAGAAGAGACAGCAAAACAUGAGCAGUCGGAACCAUCGAAACGUGCGGAGAGCAACCAGCAAAGCAGAAACGGUUACGACGCAUCGGACAAAGAUCCACAGACACCAGGAGAAGAAGCACAUCGAACCAAGAGCCCCAAAAUAGAGAACAUAUUGACAACCAGCGAGAAGAAAAAAUAUACUGAAGCGGAAAACGGCAUGAAGAAAAGGAAAAACUGCAAGGAAGAGGAGCCCCUUGCUAGGAACGAACCAUUCCAGCACACCCCGAAAAAAGAAAAUAUUAAUAAUAAAAAUAAGGAAAAAAUAAAAAAUGAAGAAAAGGAAGAAAAGGAGGAAAAGGAAAAAAACGAAAAGAAUGAAAAAAAUGAAGAAUUAGCUAAUAAAGAAAAUGCCGAUAAAAUAAAAUGUUAUAAGAAAAAAAUCGUGGCGCCAGAAUUUUCCAUUGUACUGCUACUACAAAUGGAGCUCUGCAAGGGCUACACACUACGUAAGUGGCUAGAUAGAUCGACAAGAAGUGAUAAACCUUUGCAUUUUACCUACCGAGACAAAAAUAUGAAACACCCGCUAGAAUUUGAUUUGUUUAAGCAGCUAAUUAAAGGUUUGAAAGACAUCCAUUCUACGUGCUUUAUCCACAGAGACUUAAAACCAGAAAAUAUUUUUGUGGAUCCAGAUACGUAUACGUUAAAAAUUGGAGAUCUUGGACUAGUGCGAUUUAUUGAAGAAAAAAAAAGGGAAAAGGAUUUAAACAAUAUAGACAGUUUUAAGGAUAACAUUUACACGGAUGUUAACCAGAAUACCAUAACUAGCCAAAUUUCAUUGAAAGGACAAAUUAUAGGCACUCCAGGGUAUACCGCCCCAGAGGGAGGUGCCUUAUGUGAUGAAAAGGCAGACAUAUACAGCGCUGCGCUAAUAUUACUAGAGUUGCUGUGUCCAAGAUUUAAUACGAUAAUGGAAAGAUACAAACGAUUAAAUGACUUUAGGAAUUACUAUGCCGUUCCGGAUUAUGUCAAAAUUCAUUUAAAUCCAUGGUACAUUUUGAUGCUACAAAUGUCCAAGCCAAAUCCAGCGGAUAGACCUUCGGCUGCAGACUUGUAUAGCAAAAUUAAGGUGCUCUUGGAUCCUCAUUUAACCGACUUUGCCUUCAGUUUCAAUGAUAUUAACAAUGAUGACUCGGGUUAUUUUCCUUCGGGGGUGGGGCCGAUGUGCCGCAUCGCCGAUGGGGAUGGCAAGGAAGACAAGAAUGGAAGGGAUGGGGGGGAUGACAAGGACGAUAAUGGAAACAAUUUGAACGGUUACAAAACCAUUAGCAACGGUGCCGGCAGCACCAAAACAGACAAAAUUCUCUCAAAUAACAACGUUGACGAUAAAAGUUGUUUUAACAAAAACAGCGACAGUCGUAAUGGUACAACUAUUGAGAACAAGGGAAGUUCGGUAAAUGGAACGAGCCCCGAAUGA